AAUUGCUCUUUUCCACUUCCGUCUAUAAAUUCAGGUUUCCUCUAACUUCCUCGGCAUUUCCGCCAGUUGAUCUUCGGCAAACCCCCGCGCAGAGGUGAGGUGAGAGAAGAGAGUUCGGCUGAAUCCGGGAAUCGAGUUUGGACGAGAUCGGAUCUUGCUUGGAACUCCGAAAUGGCGACAGCACCGCUCCCCGCGACCUCCAUCCUCCAAACAACUCCACAAAGACAACCAACGAGCGCAUUCAUCAAGGUUCCGACCUCCUUAUCCUCCAAAAGGAGCACAGCCAAAGCCUUCGGACUUUCAGCCAAGCCCACCUUCAGAACAUACGCAAUGGCCUCCUACAAGGUCAAAUUGAUCGGCCCAGACGGCGCAGAGUCUGAAUUUGAAGCACCCGACGACUGCUACAUCCUCGACUCUGCGGAAACUGCCGGAAUCGAUCUUCCCUACUCGUGCAGAGCCGGCGCCUGCUCCACCUGCGCCGGAAAACUGGCGACCGGAUCAGUCGACCAGUCGGAUGGAUCGUUCCUCGACGACAAGCAAAUGGAGGAAGGGUACCUUCUUACGUGCGUGUCGUACCCGACGUCGGACUGCGUCAUCCACACCCACAAGGAGACUGAUCUUUACUGAAAUAUAAGGUAAGAAGAGUGAGCAGAAGAGUAUUUUAGAAGACAAUUCCUAUGUUGUUUGGACAUGAAAUGGAGAUGGAAGGAACUGUGUUAUGGUCUUUUUUAGCUUCCUAUUUUCUUGAGUUUGUUUCUUCUCUGUUUUUUUGCUGAUUGUAAUAAGGGGUUGUCACUGUCGGCCAAAACCACAAAUACUGUCUGCUCCUCAAUUUGCUUCAGGUUUUAUGCUUCUUUGUGUUGAUGCAACAUGCCCGUGUUCCCUUUGAACACGGGCGUGUUCAUGUGUACGAGCAAAUGUUGCAGGCCGCAUGUCAAAGUUAUGCCAAUCUAAAAAAUUAUUGUUCAACUA